GCGCAUUCGCGUCGUGAGACCGGGACAAAAACUACAAGUCCCAGACAACUUAGCCAAGAGCUUCCUGUUUUCAUCAUGUGAUUUCACUCAUCUUUACCAUGGCGGAAGUAGAGAUGCAGGGACGAAAGCCAAGUGACGAAUCAACAGAUGACUCUGAGGAAGAAGACAGUGAAGAGGAGCCCAAGCUUAAGUACGAGCGACUGGCCAAUGGGGUGACGGAGAUUCUGCAGAAGGAUGCGGCUAGCUGCAUGACCGUACACGAUAAGUUCCUGGCGCUGGGCACGCACUUCGGGAAGGUCUACCUGCUUGACAUUCAAGGCAAUGUCACUCAAAAGUAUGAUAUUAGUCAAGUGAAGAUCAACCAGAUCAGCCUGGAUGAGUUUGGCGAACACGUGGGCAUCUGCUCUGAAGACGGCAAGGUCCAGGUCUUUGGGCUGUACACUCGGGAGGGCUUCCACGAGAACUUUGACUGUCCCAUCAAGGUCGUGGCCCUACACCCUCAGUUCGGCAGGUCCAACAGCAAGCAGUUUGUCACAGGAGGCAAUAAGCUCUUACUGUAUGAGAGGAACUGGUUAAACCGCUGGAAGACCGCCAUACUUCAUGAGGGGGAGGGCAGCAUCACCAAUGUCAAGUGGAGGGCCAACCUCAUCGCCUGGGCCAACAACGUGAAAGUGAAGAUCUAUGACAUCAGCACCAAGCAGCUGAUCACCAACGUGCUGCGCGACAACGUCAGCCUGCGGCCCGAUAUGUACCCCUGCACCCUCUGCUGGAAGGACAACUGCACCCUCAUCAUCGGCUGGGGCAACUCUGUCAAGAUAUGUGCCGUGAAGGGGCGUGACCCCAUGGAGAUGAGAGACCUACCCAGCCGAUAUGUUGAGAUCAUGUCAGCGUUUGAGACCGAGUUCUUCAUCAGUGGACUAGCACCUCUGGCCGAUCAACUGGUGACCCUGUACUACGUGAAGGAGAACUCCGAUCAGAUGGAGGAGGAGUUUCGGGCACGUCCUCGUCUGGACAUUAUCCAGCCCUUGGCGGAGAGCUGUGAGGAGAUCUCCUCGGACGCUCUGACAGUUCGCCACUUCCAGGAGAACGAGUGCAGGGACUAUCGACUGGAGCACGCAGAGGGCGAGUCCCUCUUCUACAUCAUCAGCCCCAAGGACAUUGUGGUGGCCAAAGAGCGUGACCAGGAUGACCACAUCGACUGGCUGCUGGACAAGAAGAAAUAUGAGGAGGCCCUGAUGGCUGCAGAAAUCAGUUCUAAGAACAUAAAGCGGCAUGACGUGCAGAAAAUCGGCAUGGCUUACAUCAAUCACCUGGUGGAGAAGGGAGACUACGAUGCAGCUGCCAGGAAGUGCCAGAAGGUUCUGGGGAAGAACAUGGAGCUCUGGGAGAACGAGGUGUACCGCUUCAAGACCAUCGGCCAGCUGAAGGCUAUCAGCCAGUAUCUCCCAAGGGGCGAUCUGCGGCUCCGCCCUGCCAUCUACGAGAUGAUCCUCCAUGAGUUCCUCAAGAGCGACUUUGAGGGCUUUGCCAUGCUUAUCCGAGAGUGGCCCGGGGAGCUCUACAACAACAUGACCAUUGUCCAGGCCGUCAGCGACCACCUGAAGAAGGACCCCACCAACCGCACCCUGCUAACUACCCUGGCUGAGCUUUACACAUACGACCAGCGCUACGACAGGGCCCUGGAGAUCUACUUGAGACUGAGGCACAAAGAUGUCUACCAGCUGAUCCACAAACACAACCUUUUCUCUUCCAUUGAAGACAAGAUUGUGCUCCUGAUGGACUUUGACAAGGAGAAAGCCGUCGACAUGCUGCUGGAUAAUGAAGACAAAAUAUCGAUGGACAGAGUGGUGGAGGAGCUGAGAGAGAGGCCAGAACUGCUGCAUAUUUAUCUUCACAAACUGUUCAAGCGGGACCACCACAAAGGACAGAAGUACCACGAGAGACAGAUCAGCCUGUAUGCGGAGUAUGACCGACCAAAUCUGCUUCCCUUCCUCCGAGACAGCACCCACUGCCCACUGGAGAAGGCCCUGGAGAUCUGUCAGCAGAGGAAUUUUGUGGAGGAGACAGUUUUUUUGCUCAGCCGGAUGGGGAACUGCAGGCGAGCGCUUCAGAUGAUCAUGGAGGAGCUGGGCAACGUGGAUAAGGCCAUCGAGUUCGCGAAAGAGCAGGACGACGGCGAGCUGUGGGAGGACCUCAUCUCCUACUCCAUCGACAAGCCACCGUUCAUCACGGGGCUGUUAAAUAACAUCGGGACUCACGUGGACCCCAUACUUCUCAUCCAUCGCAUCAAGGAGGGCAUGGAGAUCCCCAACCUGAGAGACUCGCUGGUCAAGAUCCUGCAGGACUACAACCUGCAGAUCCUUCUUCGUGAGGGCUGUAAGAAGAUCCUGGUGUCUGACUCGUUGUCCCUGCUGAAGAAGAUGCACAGGACUCAGAUGAGAGGAGUAAGGGUGGACGAGGAGAACAUUUGCGAGUCCUGCCAUGCCCCGAUACUGCCUUCAGACACAGCCAAGCUCUUCAGUGUAGUGCUUUUCAACUGUAGACACAUGUUCCACAAGGAGUGUCUGCCUUCGCCUGGAACCAUCCCUGGGGCCCAGUUCUGCAACAUCUGUAGUGCAAAACGGAGAGGACCUGGAAGUGGAAUCUUGGAGAUGAAGAAGUAACUGGAUAUGCUCUCCAUGGCAACUGUUGUCACGUGUUAAUUUGUGUCUAAAGGUCUGAUGGCGGGCUCGCAGCUCUAGUUUCCUGUCACUAUUGUGGGCACGUACCCUAGCUGUAAAAAAGUGCUUGGCCUUUGCUGGCUUGUUCUGCACAAGCAUGUGAUAUCAUCAUAAUGUGUGGAUGGAUUGGAUGAACAUAUUGCAGUUAAUAUAAGCCACUAUUCAGUCUAAACAUGAUUAGAUAUGCUACUGAAAGGUCAAAGAAUAUUGAAGUUGGAUACAUUACAGCCUUUUUUACUGUUAUUAAUAUUAAUAACUUUAUUGUUUGUUGUUUGCUGCAUUCUUGCUGAUUAAAAUUAAUAUAAUAUUAUUGAUGCUAAA